CGCCGCGCGUCGCGACGCCAUCAGAACACCUGACGCGCUCGAGUCAACCCCACGAACUUGCGCGCUCCGAUUUCUCUCGUCGGCAAUCAGGAAGGAAGACAGAGGGAGAUCUAUCGCCUCUCGGAGGACGACGGGAGGAAGGGAAAUAGAGCUUACAAUUAGUCUCGCACGCGUUCGCGUUUUUUCAUUGAUCCCUUCAGUUUCUCAUCCCUGAAACCGGUGUGAAAGAUGUCCUCCAGUUUCAUUCCCGCGAUUGUAAUUUUCAUCGUCGUCGCCGCCUUUUAUCUUGCGAGAGCAGCGAUCGCCAACGAUCCUCGUCAGCAACAGUUCAUAAAGGAAGUUAAUCCUAAGAUCUUGAAUUACGAAGCGGCAGUGAAGGCUUCGUUCGGUAUAUCUCACGAACAUUUUCAACCGAUUACAGAUUGUAUGUUUGUGACGUCGGAAAGUGGACCGUUUUCCUAUAUUUCGGCGUCCGACAGCGACAACGUUUGUGGAAUAUAUUUAUUAACUGAUCCAGACCGCAAGAUAGAGAUACAUUUCGACAGCUACGACGUUCCCUGCGAUCAUGAUGGACUCUUGGCGGUAGUUGACGGGUGGGAAUUAAACGGUGAAUUAUUUCCAAACGAGUGCGAUCAUUCGUUACCGAUAAAGGACAGGGUGACGGAGUUCUGCGGUAAGAACAGGUGGUAUCAUAGCAAGAAGAUCUUUACGAGUUCGCAGAACGCUGCGCUUAUCCAGUAUAGAGUACCUCAGCGUGGAAAAGGCUUUGUCGUAUCCGUGAGAUAUCCAAAAAAUCCGAGACCCUGCAACGUCUUGUCGGUGAGCACAACAGAUCCAGUCACGCUCCGCAAUUACGGCCGAGGGAUUAACUGCACCCUCCUAGCGGUAUAUCCUGGUACCGUGGAAGUGAUUGCGCUCAAUGUCGGCAGCACCAGCUCGUCGCAUGGCCUUGCUCGUAUGACCGAACCCGGCACUCUGCGCAAAGUAAGUUCUAACUUCGUUCCUCAGUGGUAUAAGAUGUAUUGUAAUUAG